CAUGAGCUCCCAGCGGUCGCAGCAGGCUCAGAGGUUCCCCGUGGAGGCGGGCGACUGCCGCGGCUCGCCUGCCCCCCCGGGACGGCGGGAGCCGGCGGGCACCGAGCGGCCCGCGGGCAGGCAGCUGUGCCGAUGCUUUGGCAACCACUGCCUGACGCUGCCCAACGUCCCCAUGGACGUGUUCAUAGCCAGGGGGGGACACAGGCGGCCCCGCACCUCCUGAGGACCCGCAGCCAGCCCGGGAGCUGCCCGGGGCACGCACCAGGGAAAGGCCUUCGAAUAAAGGAACGUGUUUCUAGA